CGACCUUCACCUUCUUCAGAGGACGGUAUCACCUUGACACAUCGACAUCGUCGUCGUCAUCGUCCGCCAGCCCGGCUGCCUCAUUAAAUCUGUUGGCAGUUGCUGUGUCGUUGGCACAAAACACUCUUUCUCCUAAAACAACAUCGAAGCCAACUACUAAGUUUAGCUGGUGGUAGAUAAAAAACCGAUUCGGGAGGACUAAACAGACUUUUCGUUUAGGCAAGCAAGCUAACAUUUGACUUACCUUUUUUUUUUCCAUUUAUCGGAAAUCCUCCCCCUUAAUACAUCCGAUGUCAGUUGUUGUUGCCGUCUUCACACCCACAUAACAAGAAAAAAAAAGGGAAAAUAUAGUAAUUAAUGUCCUCUCUUCUUACCGUUUCAUUUAACAUGUUUUGAAAGAUAAACUUUAUCCCUGACUGAUACUGGACACGCCUUUUUUUCUCCAUCGUUUCGGAAGACUUUUAAAGAAGCUACAAGGAAACAGUUGUUUAAUAAUAAUUGUGUGAUCUAUCAUCAUUAUUCUGAAGUACUACGUGUCUCUUUCACAGCCUGCCUUCUUCUCACAGUAGACGACCUUACAGUGAUAAAUAAUUCCCUUCAUUCAACGCCAAUAUAUUUAUUAUAAGGAGAUCUCUUUUAUCUAUUUUUUUUUAAAUCCCUCAUCGCUGAUCCUCUCGGAUUUAUAAGUCCUAGCUGUCUUGUUUUGUUUAUUAACCGUUGUUGAUAUCAACAUGGCCAACACAGCUUUCGUAAAGGGUCACCGACGAACGUCGAGCGACAUAGAAUUCAAGGAGUUGAUACGCAGAGAUGCCCAGUUAGCAAUGCACAAGGAACUUACCAAAUUGAUACAAACUGCCCCUUCGGCCCAACAGCCCAAAGUGAAAAAUGAACUUGACCGAUUCCAGCUUUUGUUCGAAAGAUACUUGCAAGAAGCGGGUACAUCGCUAAACUGGGAAAAAAUCAAAGUGUUACCUGACGAUGCCAUAAAAAACUACAACGAAAUCCAGCGAACAGAACUGACGAAUAUGAAGAACAUGUUGAACAAACUUGUGGUCCUUAAAUUGAACGGAGGUCUUGGCACCAGUAUGGGUUGCCAAGGUCCUAAAAGCGCCAUCUCUGUCAGGAACGACCUUACCUUCCUUGACAUGACAGUACAGCAAAUUGAGUAUUUGAAUAAAUCCUACGAUGCCGACGUACCGUUGGUGCUCAUGAACUCGUUUAACACGGAUGAGGAUACAGAAAAGAUUUUAGGCAAGUACAACCAGAUCAAAGUACGUAUUUACACUUUUAAUCAAAGUAAAUUCCCGAGAAUUAACAGAGAAUCUCUUUUGCCAAUACCGAAAUGCACGGCGACCGCUGGUAGCGACGGUGCACCAAGUUGGUAUCCUCCAGGGCACGGUGAUAUUUAUGAGAGUUUUGCUGCCGCUGGUCUUCUAGAAGAGUUUAUACAAGCAGGUCGAGAAUAUGUAUUUGUGUCGAACAUCGAUAAUUUGGGAGCUACUGUUGACCUUCAUAUUCUGAACCAUUUAAUUAAUCCUCCAAUGGGAGGAAUGGCACCUGAAUUUGUUAUGGAAGUUACCGAUAAAACAAGAGCUGAUGUCAAAGGCGGUACUUUAGUAGAUUACGAUGGUAAGCUAAGGUUACUGGAAAUUGCCCAGGUACCUAAGGAACAUGUCGACGAAUUUAAAAGUGUGAGUAAAUUUAAAAUCUUCAAUACAAACAAUUUAUGGAUUAAGCUGAAUGCUUUGAAAAGAGUCAUAGAUGAACGAACAUUACAUAUGGAGAUUAUUGUUAACCCUAAAACACUCGAUAAUGGAAUUAAUGUAAUUCAGCUGGAAACUGCCUCAGGUGCAGCCAUAAAAAGCUUUGAAGGGGCAAUCGGCAUUAAUGUACCAAGAAAGCGGUUUCUUCCAGUGAAAACUACAUCUGAUUUACUUCUAGUGAUGAGCAAUUUAUACAAAAUGAGAACCGGGGCUUUAGAGAUGAGUCCCCAACGCUCCUUCCCGUCAGUGCCGUUAGUUAAACUUGGUAUCCAAUUCCAAAAAGUGAAGGAAUUCUUGCAGAGAUUUGCCAGCAUCCCAGAUAUGUUGGAACUAGAUCACCUCACCGUGUCUGGUGAUGUAACGUUUGGUAAAUCUGUCAGUCUGAAAGGAACUGUUAUAAUUAUAGCCAACCAUGGUGACCGCAUCGAUAUUCCGACAGGAGCUUGUCUUGAGAACAAGAUCGUUUCAGGUAACUUAAGAAUCUUGGAUCAUUGAAUCGAAACAGUAAUGACGUAUGCAGUAAAUGAUAACAUAAUUGUGUAUCUUUCGAUUUUGGUUUUAAUGACCAGAAAAAUCUAUAUAUAUAUAUAUAUAUCUAGAGGCCAAAAUAUAACGAAAAAAAGACUCCUCUCCCGUAUUAUUUGUACCCCGAACCUCUUAUGAGGAAGAAAGAAACAAAAAACGAAAAGAAAAAAACAACCGACAAUAAACAAAAUACAAUGAUUAUGUGGUCCAUGCGAUGAAGGAAAGAAAUCUCCCCAUGUAAGAUCUGCUGACAGUUAUAUUCUGCUUCUAUUUUUUUUUGUUUUUGAUUUGAUCGUAUUUAGAAUUAGUUGUUUUUUUUCUUUCUUUCUCUCUCCAGUAGAAUGUGCAGGGGGGGUAAAUUGUACUAUUUCCCCUCUAGCCACUUUGUGAUACUAGCUGCUGCUGUCCCACUCAAGCACACACACUGUCAGAAGAAAAAAGCAACAACUAUAAACUUCAUCCUUUUUCACUCCACACUCACAAGACAAGCAUGCAAACAAGCUGUUUGCUAAGCUAGCCUCUUCCUCUCUAUAGCUAUAUUUAUCUAUCUAUUUAAUCUCUCUGCCUGUACACACACACAUACACACAUCUAUUUAUCUAUCUAUCUAUCUGAUGGAAGAGCAGUUUAUGAAACCCAAACACACAGAGUUUAAACACUAACACAGAAACAAGCAAAAAGAAGAAAACUGCUGUUUAAAAUACACACAAAAAACCUCGACGUCUCUUCUCUCAGAAUAAACAACACGGAUUAUUUUCCGAACUGUUUAACAUUUCAGAAUCAUUUUCAAUUUUGUCGGUUUUAAAAACUCACUGUUAAAUAAAAUAUUUGAAAUUUUUAAA